GCGGUGCGAGCAUUUUCGAGCGAGAGAUCAGUUGGACUUUUGCGACGGGGCGGUGCGCUUGUAUUUUUAGUCGUCUCUCUGUUUGUCGGUCAAUGUUUGUUUAACUGGCGAUUCCGAAUCACUCGUAACUCGCCACGCCACACUAAUCCGGCUAACCGAGUGUCCGUCCCAGUCUUUGCCAAUCACCGCAUGGGAGCAGAGGAUAUCCGGACAACCCACUGGCCACGUAAUCAAUCAUUUUAUGGACUAAUAGCCGCCAACCCCAAAGCAACAUGCACAAGGCCAUUAAAAACAAAUCCAGGCUGCUCUGUGGACUAAAGAACUCCAAGGCGGAUCUGACGACUGCGAAGUUUAUACUAUAUUACGGACCCACCGUAGCAGAUAGUGAUAUCUAUGACUUAACCGAUUUCCAAAGUCUAUUGGAGGACGAGCACUUGGAUUUGUGCAAGAAUACCGUGCUCUAUUUGCAUGGCUACCUCGAAGAUCCGGAUGUGGAGAGCAUUCACGUUAUAGCUGAAGCCUAUCUGGAACGUAAGGAUACCAACCUUAUUGUCCUGGACUGGGGUGAGCUGGCCGAUGGCAACUAUAUGUUCGAUGCCUUCCCCAACCUUAAGCAAUUGGGCCCAGAGCUGGCCAAGGUCCUGCUCCAAAUGUUUGACCAUGGCCUGGACAUUGAGAAGUUUCACAUUGUCGGACACUCGAUGGGCGGCCAACUGGCCGGACUCCUCGGUCGCGAAAUCAUUAAGCGCACCAAAGGCGUUAGAAAGCUAAAAAGAAUUUCCGCCCUGGAUCCCGCCUUUCCGCUAUUCUACCCGGGCGCCCACCUUUCCGCGAAUGAUGCGGAGUUUGUGGAUGUGAUACACACGGAUGCCUGGCUCUACGGUGCUCCGACGAGCACUGGAACGGCGGAUUUCUGGCCCAACGGAGGCAGCAGCCUGCAGCCGGGCUGCCCCAAGCGGAACUACAAAAUGCUCAGCGACAACGACCUGUCCAGCCAUCGGCGCAGUUGGUGGUUCUGGGCCGAAAGUGUUUCAGAUCGGUAUCCCAUUGGAUUCGAUGCAGUGCCUGCAAAGAAAUGGUCGGACUUCAAGCAGAACAAAACAGCGGAUACAUGCCCGCCGGUGGUGAUGGGUCACCAUUGCCCGACGAUAAUACAUGGCGACUUUUACUUACAAACCAACGGUCAAACACCUUUCGCCAGAGGCAAAGAGGGUGCUGUAUAUGUUGACCCCAAGGAGCUGCUAGGAAAUACCCACAGUAUCACCUGCGACUGCCCUCCGCAGCAAAUAAAUUAAAUAGACCAUAAACAAUUUCACAGUGUACAUUACAAAAUGUAGCUAAAUUAAUGUGGCUUCUAUAACGCUUAAAUUUUGUUGUUGACCAAAAA